AUGUUGACGUACGGUGUAUUUAUUUGCGACCGAAACGAAGAAGUUCCAUUGAAAAGUCAAUGCGUUCGAUCAUUUUUAAAAGGCCAAGUUGUUGGUUUUCGAUCAACAUUGACGUAUGUCAAUCAUACAGAAAAUCCUCUUGAAGUGUUUUUUCGUACGCCUGUGGACGAUUCCUUUGCUGUAGUAGGUUUGGAGGCUUGCAUUGAUGGCAAAAAAAUCCGUGCAGAAAUACAAGAAAAGGAGAAAGCUCGAGAGAAGUACAAAGAAGCAGUAUCGAGUGGACGAACAGCAGCUUUUGGAGAGGAGAAACAAGGAGAUAUAUUUAGUUUGGUUUUAGGCAAUCUUCCCCCGAAAGAAAUGGCUGUUUUGGAAUUAACUAUGGUUGGUGAACUGAAUGUUGAAGCUGGUGGUGCUGUGAGAUUUGUUUUACCUAAAGUGCUCAAACCUCGUUACACACCGACAGGAAGCAAUAACCCUCUGGCACCCGAAGUAUCUUCCGAUAGUGGGGCAACUGCAAAACAAGGGACUGGACCCGAUUCUUACCAGUUCAGCCUUGAAAUAGAUGAUGCACCAAACAUUGAUAAGGUGACAUCACCAUCACACAAGAUUUUGCUGACAAUGACGGUGAAAAGAUCAAAGUGA